GAGAGAGAAGUAAAAGGGCAUGAUUUAACUAAUAACCACCAAAACUUCAUUUUAACACAUUUUGCCUCCUUCCCCUAUAUUCCUCCAACCUUUUUGGCUGUUCUUCUCCAUCUAUUGCCGGCACAUUCUCUUUGUUUCUCUCUCUCUAGCUAGCCUCAACAUCAGCUAGCUCAUAUAAAAGCGCAAAUACUUUGUCAGAGAUCUUUCAAAAAAAAAAUUUGGGUGUCGGUUACCCCUAUACAAUCUACAGUUUGUUCGAAGAUCUCGGAUAAAAAAACACAGAUCUUUGCUGUUUGUUGUGUAGAAAUUCAAUUUCUGAUUUCUGGGUCUUUCUUGGAUUUGUGAUGGGUUGGAAAUAUAAGGCUGGUUUGUUUCUAAUUGCUGCUGUUGUUGUCAUUUGGGUCACCUCUGCAGAAGUUACGCAGGGUAUUUUCACAGACUACAAGCAGCCAUUUGCGGUGACAUAUCUAGGAGCUUCACUAAUGGUAGUUUAUCUUCCAGUGGCAUUCCUUAAAGAUUGGAUUUGUAGUUUGUUAAGGAAGCACUCUAGUAAAAGUGGUAAAAAUGUGGGAAUCAGUAAUGCAUCCUCUGGUGGACUUAGCUCUCCUUUAAAGUACAUUGGGGGACAGAAAAUCUUUGAAAUUGAAAUCCAGGGGUCUUUGAAUAGAAAAGACAGUGAACCAGACCUCUCUGCUCAGGAUGACGAAAAGCCAUUGGUUUCUAAGCAAAAAGAUGAUGCCAUCCCACUGAAACAAGAAAAAGAGCUUACAACGAGGGAAGUUGCAAUUUAUGGAUUUUAUAUUGCCCCCAUUUGGUUUGUUACAGAGUACUUAUCAAAUGCUGCGCUUGCACGUACAAGUGUUGCAAGUACGACAGUAUUAUCUUCAACUUCAGGAAUGUUUACACUUUUCGUUGGUGCAUGUUUGGGUCAGGAUUCCUUAAAUGUAGGAAAAAUAGUCGCUGUUUUUGUCAGCAUGGCUGGUGUUGCCAUGACAACUCUAGGGAAAACUUGGGCCACAGAUGACUCACAACAAAGUGCUUCUGUAAAUGGCAAACGCUCUCUUGCCGGAGAUCUCUUUGGCCUUCUCUCUGCUAUGUCAUAUGGACUAUUUACUGUACUUCUCAAAAAGUUUUCUGGGGAGGAAGGAGAAAGGGCUGAUGUGCAAAAGUUGUUUGGAUAUAUCGGAUUGUUUACACUUGUGGCACUCUGGUGGCUCGUUUGGCCGUUGAUGGCCUUAGGAAUCGAACCCACAUUUACGAUUCCUCAUUCUUUGAAAAUGGAUGAAGUUGUCAUUGCGAAUGGAUUUAUUGGAAGUGUCCUCUCUGACUACUUUUGGGCAUUAUGUGUCGUAUGGACAACUCCCUUGGUGGCCACCUUGGGCAUGUCUCUCACCAUUCCACUUGCUAUGGUGGCUGAUAUGUUGCUUCAUGGACGCCACUAUUCAGCUAUUUACAUUCUUGGUUCAGUUCAGGUGUUUGCAGGAUUUGUAAUAGCCAAUCUUUCUGGUUGGUUCUCAAAACUGUUGGGAUUAUAGCAUUUUACUGAAUCCUGUUUGCUUAAUUUGGCAAUCUUGAUUCUUUCUCGGUGAGAUACUCUCUGCUUUGUUUUCUCAAAGCCAAUGGACCGAAGUGAUGUCAAAGAGUUCUUUGUUGGUGGUGAUAGAAAGCAUAGAUUCUCUUUCCUACUUUUUUUUUUAAAAGUAUGGACAGUUGUUAGCAUGUGCAAAGAAAGUGAAAAAAAAAUAGAAGUAGAUUCUCUUCCUUAUUUUUUUGCCAUGUUUGAAUGUUGUGAUUUUUCCCAUUUCCAUGAACUUUGGGAAGCUUGAGUCUGUACAAACUUCAACAUGUUAAUACUAAAUGACCUCG